AUGGCGCUGGAAGAGGUGUUCGCGCUUCGACCCCGCCGCGACCCUGCUGGUCGUCGCCUCCAAGACCUUCACCACCACCGAGACGAUGCUCAACGCCACCUCGGCGCUGCAAUGGAUGACCGAGCAUGGCGUCGAGGACCCCCAUGGCCGCAUCAUCGCGCUGACCGCCAACCCGGACAAGGCGGUCGAAUGGGGCGGAUGAGACGCGCAUCCGUCCUUCGCCGAGUCGGUGGCGGCCGCUAUUCGCUCUGGUCGACGAUCGGCUUCCCGCCGCGCUGGGCCCGGCUGGGACGCGUUCGAGGAACUGCUGGAGGGCGCGGCCGAAAUGGACCGCCAUUUCCGCCUGACCGACCUCCAGCCAGAACGCCCCGCGCUCGCCGCCUUUGCCGACCUUUUUAUUACACCUGGUCCGCCAUGCCGAGACGCGCGCGCCCUUCGCCUAUGACGAGCGCCUGCGCCUCCUGCCCUCCCAUUCCAGCAGUUGGAGAUGGAGUCGAACGGCAAGCGUCACUGUCGACGGCCAGCCGGUGGACGUCCCACCGCCGCGAUCACCGCGGCGCGUCGGCACCGAUGCGCAGCAUGCGGUGUUCCAGCUUCUUCACACGGGGGCGCAUCUGGUCCCCGUCGAAUCUAUCGCGGUGGUCGAGCCGGGCGAUGUGUUGA